AUGUCCAGCGAACCAUCCGCUAGUGGCAAAUGUGUACUAUACACUACUAAGGGCGAACUUCAAAUAGAGCUCUGGGCGAAGGAGUGCCCGAAAACGGUGCGAAGCUUUUUGCAGUCGAUUCAGGACGGGAAAUGGGAUGGAAUCGUGCUCGGGAAGGUGGCGGAGGAUGCAGUGUGGGCACCAGCAGGUCUGUGCGCAUGCAGUGCGGAGAUAAACGGGCGGCUGCGGUUUAAUCGGCGCGGGCUGGUCGGGAUGGCGCCAGGCCAGGACCAGCCGUUCUUCACGCUGGCCAGCAGAGGCGAGCUAGACGGGCGGGCGGUGGUGUUCGGGACGCUGGUGGGGCAGUCUGUAUACCGGCUGAUGGAGAUCGCGCAGGGGGAGGUAGGCGACGACGGGAAGACGUUCGUGUACCCCGCGGAGGUGCGGCGGGCAGAGGUGACAAUCCCGUACUUCGAUGGGCUGUCAGGGCAGAAGCGGCGCGCGGAGCCCGAGCAGCAAGCGGCGCCGCGUCCGCGGAAGAUUGCGACGCGGGUGCGCCUGGAAUAUGAGGAGAGCGAAGACGAAGCCUCAGACCCGCCGCUGGACGUCCGCAUAAGGGCAGCGCAUGACAUAUUGCAGGACGAGCGGCUCACGGAUGCCUUGCACGGGGACAGUCCGCCGCCACGGCCCGCAGAGGCCCCGCGGGGAUCUGACAGUGCUCCCUGCGUAGCCUCUCCAGACAGACGCGCGGAGGCCGCUCCCCCCACCGACGGGCCGCCUUCGCGAUGUGCAUCCUUGGCCGGACCGGCGCCCGCAUCUCCUGGCCCAGUAACGGACCUGGCCCCCCAGCUCUCAGCCCGCGAGCAAGGCACGCUUUCGUCCCUGGCCGAGUUCAGGUGUAAGCGCGGAGGGAAAAACCCUCUCCUGGGCUAG